CCGCUGCACCUGACGGCCCACCAGGAAGUGUGGCGGACAAAUCCUCGGCUGUUAAUCCCCGCGCGGUACGGUAACCGGAGGAGGCACCGACCAUAGCAUGCACAGCGGGCAGGAGCCGUCAGUCUGACCGUCGGAUCGUCUCCGCUCCGGGCUCGGCCUCCGGGAUCGCGCCGCUGCGCAGUGAGUGCAUGCAGGCAGAGCGCGCGGGGCUGUGCGUGUCCUCCCCCCGCCUGUCGGGCUGCAGACCCCGCUGCUGAACUGAAGCUCCGUGAGGCUCCGUGAAGCUCCGUGAAGCUCCGGGCACGUCCACCCUGACUGCAAUGGGAUGCUGCGGUAGCGCGGAGAGGACAAAGAGAGAAUGGAGACCGCUGGAGGACCGGAGCUGCACGGACCUGCCCUGGUUCCUGCUCUUCACCGUCUUCUGCGUCGGCAUGGGCGGCAUCUGUGGCUUCACCAUCGUCACCGGCGGCGCCGCUCGCCUCGUCUUUGGAUAUGACAGCUACGGUAACACCUGCGGACGUCGCAACGAACAGAUCGAAGGCGUCCGGCUCAGCGGCCUCGACCACACCGACAGGAAGUUUGUCUUCUUCCUGGAUCCAUGUAACAUCGACAUCGUUCAGAGGAAAAUCAAGUCCAUGGCUCUGUGUGUGUCUCUGUGUCCCACCGAGGAGCUGAAGACGUACCAGGACCUGAAGAGGUUCGCCAUGCUUAAUGGCUCUGAGCUGUGUUCCUACGAGUUAGCGGGUCACAAAUAUCCCGGUCUACCUGAGAGAUUCUCUAAAUGUCCCAAACUUCCUGUUCCACCCAGUAAGCCUCUGCCGGUGUUUAACCGCUGCACUCCGGUGGAUAUUUCCUGUUACGCCAAGUUUGCGGAGGCCGUGGUGACGUUCGUGGGCGAUAACAGCGUUCUGCACCGACUGAUCGCUGGCGUCGCCGCCAGUAAAGAGAUCAUCGUGGGCCUGUGCGUGCUCGCUCUGGUCCUCUCUAUGAUCCUCAUGGUGAUUAUUCGGUACAUCUCCGCUGUCCUCAUCUGGAUCCUCACCUCGCUGGUUGUCCUUGGAUCCCUCGCGGGGACCAGCGUCCUCUGGUGGCUCUACAUCGACCACCGGCUGUACGGAAACGACACCUCCGCUAAAGUGGCGAAGGAGGUGAAGGAGGAGGUGGACAUCAACAGGGACAGUGGACAGGCGCUGCUCGUCUACGCUGUCGCCGCCACCGUCUUCACCAUCAUCCUGCUGCUGCUGAUGCUGUUCAUGAGGAAACGAGUGGCUCUGACCAUCGCUCUGUUCCACGUGGCGGGAAAAGUCUUCAUCCACCUCCCCCUCCUCACCCUGCAGCCCUUCGUCACCUUCCUCGCCCUCCUGCUUUUCUGGAUCUACUGGAUCCUGGUCCUGCUCUUCCUGGGAACCACCGGAAACCCGGUCCAGAAUGAGGAGACAGGGCUGACGGAGUUCAGACUGACGGGUCCUCUUCAGUACCUGACCUGGUACCACGCCGUGGGUCUGGUCUGGAUCAGCGAGUUCAUUCUGGCCUGUCAGCAGAUGACUGUGGCCGGAGCCGUGGUUACAUACUACUUCACCAAGGACAAGAACCGACUCCCGGUGACCCCGAUCCUGUCCUCGGUCCUGAGGCUGGUCCGGUAUCACCUGGGCACUGUCGCCAAAGGAUCCUUCAUCAUCACACUGGUCAAGAUCCCCAGACUCAUCCUCAUGUACAUCCACAACCAGCUCAAAGGGAAGGAGAAUGUGUGCGCUCGCUGUCUGCUGAAAACCUGUAUCUGCUGCCUGUGGUGUUUGGAGAAGUGCCUGAACUAUCUCAAUCAGAAUGCAUAUGCAGCCACAGCCAUCAACAGCACCAGUUUCUGCACGUCUGCACGUGACGCCUUCGUGAUCCUGGUGGAAAACGCUCUGCGCGUCGCCACAAUCAACGCCGUUGGAGACUUUGUGCUCUUCCUGGGGAAGAUCCUAAUCGUGACGUCGACCGCAUUCGCCGGCGUCCUCCUCCUGAACUACCAGCGGGAUUACGCCGAGUGGCUGCUGCCGCUUAUCAUCGUGUGUCUCUUCUCCUUCUUGGUGGCUCACUGCUUCCUGUCCAUCUUUGAGAUCGUGGUGGACGUCCUUUUCCUGUGCUUCGCCAUUGACACCAAGUACAACGACGGCACUCCGGGGAAGGAGUUCUUCAUGGACAAAGCUCUGAUGGAGUUCAUGGAGAGCAGCCGGCGCCUGGAACGGGCAGCGGAGCGUGGGCGGAGCCGGGUGAAGGAGGCGGUGUCAGAGGGAGCGGAGAUGAAGCCCAUGGUGAGUGACAGCGGUGGAGGAGGGGGUGCGGCCAGGCAGAAGAGCUCAUCAGAGCAGGUGGGGGCGGGGCCGGAGGGGGAUGGGGGGGAGUGGGAGGAGCUCCAGGAGUUCCAGGUGUACUACCUGCUGGUCGGGGUGCUGGUGGACUGGGUGCUGACGGAGCAGAGCAGCUUUGUCCUCUGUCUCAGCGAGGAUGUUGUCCUCUUCCUCUGCAUCUACCUGCCAACGUCCACCUUCUUCCUGUUCGUCAGUCUGCUGCACACGCCGAGCCCCGCCCCCUCCGCCAAAUCAGCUGCCGUCACUGCCGCGCGCUAACAAACGUGCUAACUGAUGCAUGCUAACAGACACACGGCCCUGAGCGUGCUGAUCGGAUGAACACUGAUGCAUGCUAACCCAUCAUCAUCACCACCAUCAUCAUCCUCAGUCCUCAGCACCUGGGACUAAACUCUGUCCACUUUCUGUUUGUAACUGAUUUUUUACUUUUGUAUCUUUGUACUUUUCCAUUCUGUUUUUACUUUGCUGCUUCAUUUGUGUUUUUGUGUUUGGCCUUAUUCUCUCACCGCCGUGCUUUAAGGAGACGGACUCAGCACAGAAACACUCAGGGUCCAAGUUCUGGCCUCGAAGCAAACAGCAGACUGUCUGAGUGCAGCUCCUGUCGCCGCUUAUUCCAAAUUCAAACUGUUGCUGGAUCAGUCUUCUGUGUGAUCAGAGGGUCCAGCAGAGGAUGCUGGGUAGGAGGACGGUGUCCGUCAGAGAAUGAGUUCUCACAGACGGUCAAAGACCAAGGAUCAGGCUGUGAACAGCAGCUGCUUCCUGCGUCCUGAUGCUCGUCCUCUUAAAAAUUAAAAAUUAAAUUAAUUAAAAAUACGCCUCAUUCAAAGUUAUUUAAAAAAUCACCUCUGUGGAGUUUGAGUAAAACUGUGCUGGGUCCUGAACCGGCUGCUGGGUCCUGAACCGGCUGCUGGGUCCUGAACCGGCUGCUGGUCAGCCUGUAGACCUCCACGUUGGCUUGUUAGCCUACACAGGAACCUGCCUCAGUGCUGCUGAACAGUUUCAUUGAGAGAAACAGAAACAUCUGAGAAAAACAAACCUGGUUCUGUUUGAGAGCAGUUUGUGUCUCACAGCGCCUUGAAUUGACCCUCGGGUUUGGAACCACUGACGCAGGGAAAUGAGAUUUAGUUUGAAUGAGCUGAAGAAUAAAAGUGAAAAAUAAAUAAAA